UUCGUCCAAAAGUUUUACAUCCAGCAGCAACUAAAGCAACUAAAGCAGAACAACAAAAAGAUUAUGAAACAGCUAUAGUAUGGUUAACUCAGCUUUUACAAGAUUAUCCAAAAAGCUAUUCAAUUUUAUGUAGAAGGGCAUUUGCAUCUUUGAGACUUCAAUUAUAUUCUCAAGCUUUAAAAGAUUUAGCAAUGGCAACCCAAUUAAAAUCAUCAAAAUUUUUAGCUUAUGAUUACAAAG